AUGGAGAAGAGUAAAUGGAAAAACCAAACAACUAUCACAGAAUUCAUUCUUCUGGGAUUGGGGAAUCUUCAAGAGUGGCAAAUUCUUCCUCUCUUCCUUUUAUUUCUUCUUGUGUACAUUUUGAUUGUGGUGGGAAACAUUACUAUAGUUUGCUUAAUUGCAAUGGACAGAAAUCUUCAGAGCCCUAUGUACUUCUUCUUGGGGAACUUAUCCUGCCUGGAAAUCUGCUACAGCUCAACUAUUUUGCCUAGGAUGCUGGUCAGUGUCUUCAGUAGAGACAAUAGAGUGUCGUUCAACAGCUGCCUCAUGCAAUUGUAUUGCUUUUGCUCCUUGGCAACAGGAGAAUGUUAUCUAUUGGCUGUGAUGGCUUAUGAUCGAUACCUAGCUAUAUGCAAACCACUGCAUUAUGCAAAAGUUAUGAAUGCCAAAACUACCAUCCAGCUGGCAGCAAGCUCUUGGUUAUGUCCCAUUAUCAUUGUUAUUGUGAUCAUAGUAUUACUGUCAGGACUGACCUUUUGUGGUCCCAAUGAAAUUGAUCACUUUUUCUGUGACUUGGAUCCUGUGAUUCAUCUUUCCUGUACAGACAUCAGGUGGGUCUCACUGACGAUCUUCAUUAUGGCUUUUAUAGAUACUUUCCCUCCACUUCUAUUCACCCUGACAUCUUACAUAUUUAUUGUCUCUGCCAUCUUGAGGAUCCCAUCCAAAAAAGGCAGGCAAAAAGCAUUUUCCACCUGCUCCUCUCAUCUUACUGUAGUGACCAUUUUUUAUGGGACCCUAAUUAUGGUGUACGUUUUACCCAAAACUGACACCUUGAGAAAACUAAACAAAAUAUUCUCUGUGUUUUACACGGUCCUGACACCACUAGCCAAUCCCAUCAUAUACAGCUUGAGAAACAAAGAGGUGAGAGUGUCUUUGAAAAAAGCCUUUAGUAAAGCAAGUAGAAUUAUGCGAGGCUAG